UGCGGUUAAUUGGCUUUUCAUCGCUGCCGUUUCUGUGUUGAGGUUAUAUUGAGAUUAAUAAUGAUUUUGCUGUCUUUGUAGCAUUUUAACACUCACCACUUUCGUUACCAGAGUUUUCGACAAUGGAGAAUGAUAUCUUAGAUUCACUAGAGGAUGUUGGGUAUGCUGGGCCAAUGCUGGAUGAAGGGGGGCUGGAGAAAGCCCUGGAAGGGGGCCCCAAGUCUGUGGAAUACACGGAGCUGGUGGAAUGGUUAUCCAAAGAGCUGAAAGUCUUGUGCAAGUUAGAAGAACACGUGAAUGCAAUCAGUAGUCCAGAUGACUCAAGCUCUUUUCUUCUGGAAGUAAGCAGCUUUCUCAAGGAAAUAGGUUGUGGCUAUUCAUUCCUGAUGGAAGGCCACAUGAGUGAGCGACUGCACACGAGAGAGAAUCGCCUCUUGCUGCUGGACUUUCUGCUGACGGAACUACAGGCUGCUCGCAUGAUGUCUGUUAACAAGCCAGACACAUCCAACAUCAUGCAAGUGCAGCUGAAUGAGAGCAAGACUGCAAGUGAUUUGAAGACCAUGCUGAUAGCACUCAAGUUUCCAAAGCCACCAGCAAACAUAACACCUUUGCUGCUGUUUGGGAAGGUGGAGCAGAAGAUGAAGGAGGUAUUGGCAAAAGCUUCACCUGAACUGAUUGGCAAGCCUCUUUUCACUGGAGUGCUUUCAGACAAGCAGUGGCACCAACUCGAAGAACUACAAGCCGAGUUGCAGCAGGAGUAUCGCUUGCGGAGAGAGAUGUUGAUCAAGCGGUUGGAUGUAACCAUCCAGUCAUUUCAGUGGUCGGACCGAGUCAAGAAUAAGGAGGACCAGAUAGCAUCGCUGUUCCUGUCAAAGAGGAAGGCUCUGACCGUGGAGCCUGACGUGGACUUGUCAGAUCUCUUGGCUGCUAGGGAUGACCUGGCCAUCAUAGAGAAGACCAGCAGUGCGUCAGUACGCAAGAACACUCAGUCGUCCAUCAACAAGGUCAUCAUUGGGAGGGUUCCGGACCGCGGCGGCAGACCGAGCGAGCAGCAGCCGCCACCACCGGAAAUGCCCAGCUGGCAGCAGCAGCGACCAGGAGGAGGGGGUGGCUUUGGCGGCGGCGGUGGCGGUGGCGGCGGUGGCUUCCAGGGUGGCAGAGGUGGAGCGGAGAGAGGGGGGUAGGGUGCAGGGAGGCUGGAACCAGGGGGGUGGGGGUGGUGGUGGCCGGGGAGGGGGAGGGGGUUGCUAUCAAGGAGGGGGGGGGAGGGGGUGGUUAUCAAGGAGGAGGGGGAGGUGACUACCAAGGAGGGGGUGGUGGCUAUCGAGGGGGAGGGGGUGGAGGAGGCAGGGGUGCCCGAGGUGGCAGGGGUAGGGGUGGAUACCAACAGGGUAACUACCGCUGAAACAUUUUCUGUUUUAGGAAAAUUGUUUCUUACAUUAUUUUGUAGCGUUUCUAACUAUAAAAUAAUUGAAACUAUUUAUUCAUUGUUUUUUGUACCUAUAUUAUUAAUUGUAGGUUUAAACUUAAUUUUAUUCAGUGUGCAGACCGCAGGACUAAUACUUAAAACAAAUACUUAUUAAUUAUGUAUGUGUAUUCACAAGCAACCAUAAAAAGGUCUUGUUUCUUUAGUUAGCUCGCAAGCAUUCUGUUAAAAUAUUUUAUAUUUAUUGUGUUGCAAUCAAAUUUAAAUUUGUUGUAUUCUAACUUUCAUUACGUGUAUGUUGUAUAUUUUUUUUUUAUUUAUCAAGCCCUAUUUUGAUGAUGCAGAUGUUCAACUUUGCAAACCAAGAAAUUGUAUGUAUUAAUCAAGUGCAAGAAAAAAAUAUGUGCCAAUAAAAUUACUGAACUUUCCUAAUGUUUACAUGU